AUGGCAGCUGACAAUGCACCCCCUGCGCGUAGCUUUGUCAUCGCGCUUAUGGGCGGAGCUGUAGCUGGGACGUCCGUGGACAUUGCACUGUUUCCACUUGAUACUAUAAAGACACGACUGCAGUCUGCCCACGGGUUUUUCAAAGCUGGCGGCUUCCGUGGCGUUUACUCGGGGCUGUCGGCUGCGGCUGCAGGCUCGGCUCCAGGGGGUGCGCUCUUCUUUGGCAUGUACGAAAACUCCAAGUUGCUCAUUGGCACGAUCGCUCCGACACAGAAGCAUUCUCCCUUCGUGCAUAUGGCAGCUGCUGCUUCGGGUGAGAUGGCAGCAUGUUUGGUGCGGACUCCUACUGAAAUUGUAAAGCAGCGCAUGCAAACGGGUGUCUACAAGACACUACUGGAAGCGCUGCGUGAGAUUCGGUUAACUGAAGGUCUGGCGGGAUUUUACCGAGGCUACUGGAGCAUGAUUGCUCGCGAGAUUCCAUUCUCGUUCAUUCAGUUUCCGCUCUGGGAAGGGCUAAAGUACCAAUGGUCAAUGAAGCAGAAUGCCCCCGUAUCGUCACUGCAGGGUGCGCUUUGUGGGUCAAUUGCUGGUGGUGUAGCGGCGUCCAUCACGACCCCGCUCGACGUGGUCAAGACGCGUUUGAUGCUUGGCAAGGACGUCAAUGGCGUUCCAUACAAGGGCACCUUGAGCACACUGUCGCGCGUGUACACGGACGAAGGCUUAAAACGUCUAUUCUCGGGCGUCGGUCCGCGCACGAUGUGGAUCAGCAUCGGCGGCUUUGUCUUCUUCGGUAUGUAUGAGACGACCGUCUCGACGUUUGUGGCGGCGAUAUAA